UGAGCAUUUUCCAGGAUUGUCUCAGAAGGCGAAUGAAAUCCUUUUUAAUCUCUUUUGGUGAGGAGCGACGGUUCGUGCGGGGUGGAGUAGAGGGACGAUGGAAGAAGGGGACUUGACUUAAACCAUCCUCUCUCCGUUCGUCUCGCUUUGACUCGAGAUUCCUGGUAUAGCGUCGUCGCAGAGCGCGCGCCGCGACUCGUGUAUGUACUCAUCUCUGUCGGGCGGUCGAGCUCGAGUGUUGCCAAUGGGAAUGAGUCAGUUCGUUUACGCCGGUAUCGUGCUGCGCAUCGGAAUGUGAACAGGCCAGGCCAGGACAGGACAGACUUGUGUGUGUGUGCUUUGCCUGCUUUUGCGCUCCGACCGUGUGCUCCCAAUCAAGAUUCCAUCGUUUUCCAUCGAGAGACUUUUGUUUUGUUGUUGUUGUUGUUAUAGUUCCGAGCGGACCUCUCAGAGGGAGAAAGAGGAAACCUAGCAACAAGUAUUGUUAUUAUUAUUAUUCACCCUUCGCGCAACAGCAACAGUUGAGCAGUAUAGAAGGAAGAGAGAGUAUACAGUCUGUGUGAAGGAUUGCAGCCCGCUCCUCCCCCGGUGUGUUUUAAGCGAGUGAUGCUCGGUUUUCCCAAGCGCGCAGCCCACCAGAAGAGCGAGCUUCCCAACAUUGUUGUAAUGUGAUGUAAACUUUUCUCACCAAGAUGGCCGACUCAUAUUACCAGGGCGAUUACAUCCGGCAUCCGGUUCUGUACGAGCUGUCUCACAAGUAUGGACUGCAGACCGACAAUCUUCCGGACUCCGCGAAGCUGGAGGAGCUCAAGGAGAUCAUCCGGAAGGAGAUCAGGAAAGAGCUGAAGAUCAAGGAGGGCGCUGAGAAGAUGCGCGAGGUGUCGACGGACCGGAAGUCUCUUAGUCACGUCACCCAAAUAGUCAAGAACGCCAACUCGAAACUGAGGGAGCUCAAAAAUGAGCUGAGCGAAUUGGAGUCGCAGAUUAUCCUGUCGCAGGGCCAAACCACACCUUCGACACCACCCACGAAUGGCGAUUCCAUGUUCUCGCCGCUGUCGUCCCAUCAGAAGGAGCAGGACGGCGCCAACCAGGAUCCGCGACUGAUCUACCUGGAGAAGCAGCUGAACAUCGAGCAGAAGGUCAAGCAGGGAGCUGAGAACAUGAUUCAGAGCAUCACCGGAGGCCACACCAAGGACAAGAAGUUGCUCGCGGAGGCGCAGCAGAUGCUUCAAGAUUCGAAGGCGAAGAUCGAGUAUCUAAGGAUGAGGAUACUGAAGGUGAAACACAGCAUCAACAACAAGCAACACAGCACUGGCUCUGUGCACGACCUGACCGCUUCGAAUGGUGAGGCGCGCGAACUGGAGACCUCUUUGGAGGAGCGCAUCGAGGAUCUGCGGCAUCGUCUGAGGAUCGAGGCGGCCGUCGUCGAAGGCGCGAAGAAUGUCAUCAGGUUGCUGCAGAACGGGAGCAAAGAAAAAUCGGACAAGAAGGCGCUCUCCGAGGCCCAGUCCAGUCUCUCGGCGAGCAGCAAGAAGUUAGAUUUGCUCAAGAAGUCGCUCGAGUUGCGGCGGCAGGAGUUGCCGCCCAACAGUCCGGCCUACAAUCAACUGAAGAUGGAACUGCAGAACGUUCAAUCGGCGAGCCCAUUGCCAGUGCAGUAUACAAGUUUGCAGCCGUUCAGAGAGGUCACCGACGGAUCGACAUUCAAUACAUCACAUUCUACGUUCAGCCGUUGCGCCGCUGUUACGGGAACCCUUGAGGUAAGACUGAUGGGUUGCCAGGAUUUGCUGGAUGACGUGCCUGGAAGGUCGAGACGCGAUCGCGAUGUCACCUCCAGUCCAAGAAACUUCAUAAAAGGCGUCACCGGACGAUCGUCAUCAAAGAGCUACAGUGUCAAGGACGAGAUCAGCUCCGAGAUUAUGGCCGUCAUCAAGCUGGACAAUCAAGUCGUCGGCCAGACUAGUUGGAAACCGUGCUCACAACAGGCCUGGGAUCAAAGGUAUUCGAUUGAGUUGGAUAAAUCGCGCGAACUCGAGAUUGGCAUCUAUUGGCGGGAUUGGAGAUCGCUCUGCGCCGUCAAGUUCUUGAGACUGGAAGAGUUUAUCGACGAUGUGCGCCACGGAAUGGCGCUACAAUUGGAACCGAAAGGUUUACUUUUUGCCGAGAUUAAGUUCCUGAAUCCAAUGAUUUCCAAGCGGCCCAAACUCCAGAGGCAGCGGAAGAUUUUCAAGCAGGAGAUUACUCGCGCCAAUCAGAUGAAUAUUAACGUAGCCACCUGGGGCCGCCUGCUCAAACGCAGCACGCCUUCCAUACCGCAGACAAACAUAUCGCCGACAAAUUCUUUAGAAACACACUUUGAACUUGAGUCGCCACCAGAAGAUAAACCGGAAACUCCUGGUGAAAUGCCGGAUCCGCAGUUCGGCGGUUUGGGCGGGCACAGACCUCUGGGUGUGUGCGUAUUGCCGCCGUCGUUACCGCCCACUUUGCCGCUACAGCCGCCACCCGUUGCCAAGAAGAGGGCCCCGCAAACGCCACCCCCAUUGCCUCCUAGAUUAGAUUUAGACGAGAACGCUGCGUUGCGCGAAUUUGACUUCUUGCACGCAGAGGAAAGGGAGCCGAGGGUGGGGCCUUUAAUAUUAUCCGCACCCACAACUCCCAUAAUUUCACCAAAUGACAAUAUUAUGGUACCGCCCACACCUGAGCCAGUAGUCGAAUUCCCCGAUGACGAGGCUCCACUCUAUGAUGUUGCUAACGUGGUGCGACGUCCCGCUCCCAGGGAAUUGGCAUACAGAGACAGCGCUUACGAGUCCCGCCGGCACUCGCAAUACAACGGCAUGUCUUUGGAUAACUUCAAAUUAAUCAGCGUGUUGGGUCGAGGUCACUUUGGUAAGGUCAUCCUCUCGCAGUACAAGAACACCGGCGAGUACUUCGCCAUAAAGGCGCUGAAGAAGGGCGAUAUCAUCGCCAGAGAUGAAGUGGACUCGCUGCUCUCGGAGAAGCGAAUAUUCGAGGUGGCCAAUUCGAUACGACAUCCGUUCUUGGUGAACCUUUUCUCCUGCUUCCAAACGGAGGCGCACGUCUGCUUUGUGAUGGAAUACGCGGCCGGCGGUGACCUCAUGAUGCACAUCCACGCUGAUGUUUUCAACGAGCCCCGGGCUGUCUUCUACGCUUCAUGCGUGGUCCUCGGACUGCAGUAUUUGCACGAAAACAAGAUUAUUUAUAGGGAUUUGAAGCUGGACAACCUGCUCCUCGAUACCGAGGGGUACGUGAAGAUCGCCGAUUUCGGUCUCUGCAAAGAAGGCAUGGGCUUCGGCGACAGAACGGGUACGUUCUGCGGCACUCCCGAGUUCCUGGCGCCCGAAGUGCUCACAGAAACAUCGUACACUCGCGCCGUGGAUUGGUGGGGUCUCGGAGUGUUGAUCUUCGAGAUGCUCGUUGGAGAGUCUCCGUUCCCCGGUGACGACGAGGAAGAAGUUUUUGAUUCCAUCGUCAAUGACGAAGUCCGCUAUCCAAGAUUCCUAUCGCUAGAAGCCAUAGCCAUUAUGCGAAGGUUGUUGAGGAAGAAUCCGGAGAGGAGAUUGGGAUCAAGCGAUAGGGACGCAGAUGACGUUAGAAAGCAGGCUUUCUUCAGAUCGAUCAAUUGGGAAGAUUUGUUGCACAGAAAGAUACGGCCUCCAUUUGUACCUACAGUCCACUCGCUGGAGGAUGUCAGUAAUUUCGAUGAAGAGUUCACAUCGGAGAAGCCGCAAUUGACGCCACCCAAGGAGCCGCGACCUUUGACCGAUCAAGACCAAAACCUGUUCAAGGAUUUCACCUACAUGGCAGAUUGGUGCUGACAAGAUUCUGUUGAGAAGGAAGAAGCUAACACAUUAAGAGUUGCCAAAUUAUUUAAAGGAAGAAGCAAAAAAUAAUAAAUAAAUAAAUAAGGAAGAGAGACAGAGAGAAGAAAAGAGAAGAGAAGAGAAAACAAACACAAGUAUAUCCCAAACAGUAAUAAUCUUUAUCGCAUAAGGAGUUCAUAAGGAAAAAAUAAUGGUUAAGAGAUCUCUUGUUUUACGAUUACAUUUUAUUUCAAUUUAUUCUUAAUUUGAGAGAGAAAACGCGCGAAACGCGAAAGUUAGCAGUCGAGUUUUUUUUUUUAAUUAUUUAUGUAUAUUG